UGUCAUAUUAUUGGUUGCAAUGUCCCUUGAUGCAGCAGCUUAUUCUCAUUAUUCCCAUUCCCCGCAGCAGCACUUAAAACGCGUGAGGCUCUGCCGGUCCGACCUUGAGUCACAUCUCCACAGUGGCUUAUUUCAACACUGCCUACCCACGGAUUUCCAGUCUCUUGGUUGUUGAAAAUAGCUUGGCUGCUCCCUGCCGCUAUGGCUAAUUCCUUAGGAACCGGUGGAUCCAGUUUGAUCCAUCCCUCUCUUUCUUUCCCUUCACCAACUUGUUGAGUCUUCCCCCCUAUCGGUUGUUCCUACUGUAAAAAAAAGAAAAGAAAAAAGAAGCAGGCACUGCGCUGCGUAAGAGCUCAGCUUGUAGUUGUGCCGACUUCUGAAGAAAUGUCGCAAGUUUGAGUCAAGUUGAGUGCAGGGCUCGAUGGGACGGUGACGCUUUUAAAGUGGAAAACUCGACGGGACGCGCGCAGAAGAAGCUUUGACGCAGCAACAGUCACCUGGAGGUGGAGACAACUUAGCACCCCCCUCCCCCCGUCCUUGACUGAAAUCACCAACUUAUUUUGCACAAGGGAGACGUGUGAAGGACUCCCACAGCACUUGAAAUGGAGGCCCCCGAUGGCUACUGUGCUAGUAACGGCCAAUGCUCUCCCGGUAAGGAGAACUCGAGAAUGUUGGCGGAUACGUCAACACCUAAUGGACAGACAGUUCCUCAGGGUCCUAAUUCCCCCAGUGAACUGACAAUUAAGCAAGAGGAAGAAACAGCGGAGGAGGCUGACAACAGAAGCCCAGCACUUGAAGAAAUAGGCCAAACAGGGGAGGAAGGAGCAGCAUUGGAGGAAUCAAUGACUGGCAGCCCAACCAGUGCACAGGAUGGUUUAUCUGAGCCAAAUGUGACAGCUGACGCAGGAAGUCGACAACCAAACGGUGACAGGCCGUUCCAGUGCAACCAGUGUGGCGUCUCGUUCACCCAGAAGGGAAACCUGCUGCGACACAUCAAGCUGCACACAGGCGAAAAACCCUUCAAAUGCCCCUUCUGCAGCUACGCCUGCCGGCGGCGCGAUGCCCUCAGCGGGCAUUUGCGCACUCAUGCUGUUGGCAAACCACACAAGUGUAACUACUGUGGGCGGAGCUACAAACAGCGCACUUCUCUGGAGGAACACAAAGAGCGCUGCCAUAGUUACCUGCAGGGCAUCGGCUUAGAUCCGAACACCAACACUGGCCCUUACGCAGGUGAGGUCCCUAAAGAGCCGAGGCCCAUGGCAGAACCCAACACCAUGGCUUCCUUUGAUCGGCCGCCCGUUAUUGAAAGGUUACAGAGCAACGUGGGCAAGAGGAAGAGCACCACGCCUCAGAAAUUUGUGGGUGAAAAGAUGGUACGCUACAAUUACCCUGAAGUAGGCUAUGAGAUGGGCCUUAAGUAUGAGAAGCAGGCUGAACUGAUGUCAGCCCACAUGAUGGACCAGGCCAUCAGCAAUGCCAUCACAUACCUGGGAUCGGACACUCUUCGGCCCAUGCUCCACCAUCCAGGUCCCCCUCUCUCUAUGGGCGAAGUGGUGCCCAUGGUCAGCCCCCUCUUCCACCAUGUCUUGCCAUUGGGCCAACGAACAGAGCGUCCAGGAAACUGUGAGGCACUGCCGCCACAGCCACCUCAGCCCCAUGACUUCCCCAGCCAUCCCACCACAAACGGCCCUAGCGCGUUAUCCAGGCAGAGCAAGCUGCGCCAGCCAGGGCAAGAGGAAUCUCCCAACAACAGUGGAAUUGACUCUGCUGACUCAGCUCGCAGCAGCCCUCACGAGAGGCACGGCUACCACGGGAGCAACCCCACUCCCAGCCUCAGGUCUCGAGCCAGUCCAGCGGUGGUCUAUUCAGGUGAACGGGUGACAGAAGCAUCGCAUCGUGGGGCAGGAAUGGGGUCUGGGAUGAUGCGAGUGGCCACAGAGAGGCCUGUGAGCCAGGAAGGGGUGCGGGUGUUUGGACAAGAGGGCCAGGAGUUGCGGGCCUUCCAGUGCGAGCACUGCCGGGUGCUCUUCCUGGACCAUGUCAUGUACACCAUCCACAUGGGUUGCCACGGAUACAGAGAUCCGCUGGAGUGCAACAUCUGUGGUCACCGCAGCAAAGACCGCUAUGAGUUCUCCUCUCACAUAGUCCGUGGUGAACACACCUUCCAGUAAGAGGAUGGCUUAGGGAUUACAGGAAGGACAAAGAAGGAAAAGGAGCAAUAGCCUAAUAUCCGUCCUUACCCCCAGGCCUCUGAGACUGCACAGUUGAAUGACACUGUAGACAAGUGUAGCACAAUCAUAGCAUAGACUUCUUUUUAAGCUACUUAUUGUGAAUCUGAACAGUUGAACAAUCAUAUGAAGGUAUGGGCCAAAGACACAUUUUCUACAUAUUUAAUUGAGAUAACUAUAGAAGAAGGAAGGUACGUUUUUUUUUCUCUCAAGAUGUUCAUGAAUUGUAUAACAGAGCAGCUGUCACAUGACUUUGACUAGUUUUUCAUUUUAGUCUUCUUUGUAUAUGUCUUCUGUUGUGCUUGUCCUGUAGCCAUGCUUUUGUUAAAGAAAAAAUGUUUUCACUCUCACGAAGUAAUGAAUGCAUACAGAUAGAAUGUCAUAAUCAACACUGGUGAUGGAGGUAAAGACUUCAGGUAGUCUCUAAUUCAAUUAAACAUAAUAAUAAUAAUAAUAAUAAUGAUAUUGAUUUGUCCACUUCCUGUUGCAUAUCAUACAGGAUCCAUGCAGUUUUCUUUUUUCUGUCUUUUUUUUAUGACUUUGCCAUGGCCCGUAAUGCUCAUUGUCUUUCCUAUGAACAACGUUGGAAUACACACAAUGGUACGGCUAACUGGUGCUGUGUGUUCUAGCUGCAAGCAACUUAGUGUCCACUUGGUCUUGAUUGCCAGUAGUGUGGUUGUCUCUGAUUGUAUCUAUCUGCAGCUGUAGAAAUUUGGCCAGUUGUGCCAUCAUCUAAGAUACCCAGAUUCCAGUAAUUGAAAUUUCUAAUUGAAAUUAGAUAUUACUUAAGAAUUCACAACUGGCCCCAAACAACGAAUACCGUAAAAUAUAAGUAGUAGAAUUUGGAGGCUUUGGAUGCAAUAUAUGAGGGAAAGUGUUAAUACAAGUGGCCCAUUAAUGUGUAAAUAAACACAAAUAAUCAAAAAUGCAUUUUCCUAUUCACAAACAAAAUUCUAUCAUAUGCAAACAACUGUUACAAAGCCUACAUAUACAUUUAGCUAAUGCUAACACUCCUACAAGGCCACAUAGCUAGCUGAUAGCAGAAAACUACCUCUUAUCAACCACUUUGUGAGAUUCAGCUGAUGUGAUAGCCUUCAUUAAUAAACCUCGACUGACAUUAUAUUGCAGGAUAGAGCUAGUUUUCAUUGUCUUUGCUUAACUUGAGUAAUGAGACUGCUAUGCUAGCAGCCAAUGUUAGCAUUGCUCGCUUGCUAACUGAGGAUAUAUUUCCUGUUACAAACAGCUGCAUAGCAUUUACUUACACCAAACAUGUUUUGCUGAUUAUCAGUGGCUGGAGCACUUGCGUACCACCACUAAAACAGAAAAAAAGAAGACCACCAACUUCCUGUAGCUGGCUUGUAUCAGAAAUUGUAACUUCAAAACAAGUCCUGCCAAAAAAAAAAAUCAGCUGACUUUUUUUUUUUUAAAGACAUUAGUUUAUACUUUAUCAUUUAAAAGACUCAUAUUCUGAAUUUUAGAACAUCCACAUGGAGAUUUGAAGGAUUUUUUUUUUUUUUUAAGAUUUAAGUUUUAUUUUAAAAUUUAUUAGUCUAAUGAAGUGAUGAAAUAUAUUCUGAAAAAAUUCCAUACACAUUUGAAAAUCUUUUUGUUUCUAUUAUAUAAAACUGUAUUUGUUGCUAGAAUCAGGAAUUAUUUUUCUCCAUAGCUGUUAUGUUUGCACUUACAAGGUAGAACACAAUGAAAGGAAAACAAGAGAGUACACAACAUAUAGCCUAAUGAUAAUUGUCAGCUCCAUGACUCUAAAAGGUUUGGCCAUGGCCAUGUUUUUCCUCAUCUUCUUAUUUUCUCAGCUGCCAAGCUAAUGCAUUCUGCACACAAAACAACUGGCCAUUUCUUUGUUUCCCUGGUUGCUCCUAUAGAAAAUUAUUCUUAUCCUGGUGACACACGGGUCCUGUUGCUUGCAGUUUGUGCACAUUAAACUAGCAUCCUAGUUUGCUUGAACCUGGCAGACUUAGACAUGACACCGUGAAAUGGCAGAGGGUGGUCUUGAUGACAUAAAAUGAUGCUUUAUGGCUAUGGAUACUGAAAGGGAUAAAGGAGGCUAAAGAUGCUGCAUGGGUUGCUCUCCUCUGAUGUACCUCAGUUUUUCUUUCAUUCUAUUUGUAUGUCAUUACAAAUACAGGGAAACAACACAAACUGCACAAACAGCUGUUUUUCAGGUGCUUUGUCCUUUGCACCUUAUAAUUUUGCCUAGUGCAGCUUUAUUUGCGGGUUAAUGCCUAAAAGUGACUGCAUCAUGGGAAUUAAGGGAAUCGAGUGAAUUCUUGAUGUGUGUGGUGGGCAUUUGUCAUGUUGUUGCCAUAAUGUCACAACAUAUGGGUAUGACCUCAUGCAUGAAUGAGACGGUGUGAGCGUGGUUAGCACAUAGUUUUACUCUGAAGGCACUUCCCAAAAACUGUAGCAUUCCACUGUAAACCUGUUUGGACAUUUAAAAGCUCAUGUAUGCAAAGUGUAAAUAGCAAGUAAGAGAUCAGCCGCUUUCCACCUCCAAAUCUUCUGUCCAUCAUCUACAAUGUGUUGAAAGGUAACAGAUUUCGAUUACUGAGGCUAGCUGCUGCUCUUUCAUAGUUACUGUCCCUCCCUGUGAAAGGACACAGAUGAGACUGUGCUUUGUACAGUUGGCCCUGCACUUUAUGUCCAUACCCUGAAUCUAGACGGCAUUGUUUUUUGUUGGUGUUUUUUGUAGGUAAAGUGGAAAACAAUCAUCGGCAGAACACGGGUUCUCUGAAAGAACAAUCUCGGAAACGCACAUUUUUUGUUUUCACUGGAACAGUACUCACAAGAAGUUUGGCAUUAGCAGUUUCACUUCAGUCAGCAUCAUAAACAGUUGAUUAUUCUCAAAGGUUAAACUCAGUGAUUUAUCCUUCUAUGUUCAAUGUCUACUUGUGAUCAAAAGGCAGCUUCUUCUCUGUUUACAUGUCGCUUCUCUUAUGCGCAACUGGUGCCCAGCUAGCAUAAAAAACCUAUUGUCUGUAAAGUACUGGCACUGGAAAUUGUUUACACCUUGCAGUUGUGAUAUUGACUCUAUACAUUCCUCUAUUAUAUCAUUCCUGUAUAUAUUUAUUAUCUGAAGCCUUAUCUGUUAGAAAAGGGGUCCUCCUAAAACAACAUAUCCUUUUAAUAAUCCUAUGAUCAAAUGUAAAUUACUGUUACACAAAUUUAUCUUCCUUGAUCCCCUUCAGAAGGAACACAAAUAAACAGGCCAGAACUAAAUUAAUAUAAACUGGGUAUAAUAUAUGAGUUAUUUUCUCAGUUUUCAAUUGUUCUCCAGGUUAUAUUUGACUUUGGGGCACAGAAGUAUUUUCUUUCCUGAUAUAAAGAACAGCCUUACAAAUUCUUUAAAUGAAGCAGCCAUAUGAACACAAAAAAGUAGGAAAGAAAUGUCGUCUGUCUCCUUGUGAGUGAGGAGUUUACUUGAAAAUCAGAAUCAUUGCUAUUGAUUUAGAUUGCGGGGGUGUUUUUUGUAAAUCUUGAAAACGCGUGUGCUAAAUGUCUAUUUUUCUGCUGAGAUGUUAAUGCAAAUAGUUUUGUGACCUUUUUGUGUGUGUGUGUUUUUUUUAAGUUUAAGAAAAAAAUGUUUACAAAAAUGUAAAAGGCAGGGUUCAGGUGAAUUGUAUUUUUUAAGAAAUAAUAUAUGAAAGGUGUAUAUUUUGGCACUGAAUAUUGAAAACUAUCCAGAAACGCGUGCCGAUCGAUCAUCUCUGAUACUGAUAACAACUUUCUGACGUGAGGGCUCUCAGGUAUUUGCAUAGGUUGUGUAUUUUUAUGUCCUAAAAAUAUGUGAUUUAUUUAUCAAAAAAAAAAAAAAAAAAAAAAAAAGAUGCUCAGUAAUUGAAAUUGUUUGGUAAUUUCUCUUGACUUAAAUCAGUCCAGCGCUGAGUGUGGUGAAGGAAGUUAGAUGAUUGAUCAGCCCUGUUUUCAACAUCAAUGACAUAACAUGAAGACACACUGCUGUGAAGAAUACAAUGUAUAUUUUUAAGGCAUGGGUUUCUCUCUAUUAAAGACAUGAUUUUA